AGUGCGAGGAGCCCAAGAGCUGCCCCGGCAGCAUCGUGCUGGGCAUCUGCGGCUGCUGCUUCAUGUGCGCGCGGCAGCGCAACGAGAGCUGCGGCGGCGUCUACGGGCUGCACGGCGCCUGCGACCGCGGGCUGCGCUGUGUCAUCCGCCCGCCGCUCAACGGCGACUCCAUCACCGAGUACGAAGUGGGCGUCUGCGAAGAUGAAAACUGGGAUGAUGAUCAGCUUCUCGGAUUUGAACCGUGCAAUGAAAACCUUAUAACAGGUUGUAACAUAAUUAACGGGAAAUGCGAAUGUGACACCAUUCGGACCUGUAAUAAUCCAUUUGAAUUUCCAAGCCGAGAUACUUGCCUGUCAGCCUUAAAAAGGAUUGAAGUGUUCAGCGUGGAUUGCAGCACGGUAGAAUGUCCUCCUGUUCAGCAAGUUGUUUGUCCACUGGAUAGCUACGAAACCCAAGUCAGGCUGACGGCUGAUGGCUGCUGUACCCUUCCCACAAGAUGCGAAUGUCUCUCUGGUUUAUGUGGUUUCCCCGUGUGCGAGGCAGGCUCCGUUCCCCAGAUAGUCUCGCGUGGAGAUGGAACACCUGGCAAGUGCUGUGAUGUCUUUGAGUGUGUCAAUGAAGUGAAGCCAACUUGCAUAUUUAACAGCAUGGAAUAUUAUGAUGGAGACAUGUUUCGGAUGGAUGCCUGUCGUUUCUGUCGAUGUCAAGGUGGAGUCUCCAUUUGUUUCUCUGCCCAGUGUGGUGAGCUGCACUGUGACAGGUAUUAUGUGCCAGAAGGAGAGUGUUGUCCAGUCUGUGAAGACCCAGUUUAUCCAGUAAAUAACCCUGCUGGCUGUUACGCCAAUGGUCAGAUCCAAGCGCAUGGAGACCGCUGGAGAGAAGACGACUGUACUUUCUGCCAGUGUAUCAAUGGAGAUCCCCACUGUGUUGCAACAGCCUGUGGCCAGAGCUGUUUAAAUCCUGUUAAAGUACCUGGCGAGUGCUGCCCAGUGUGCGAGGAGCCAACAUACAUCACAAUAGGUCCACCCACCUGUGAGGUUUUGGUGAACUGCACUUUGACUGAAAAAGACUGUAUCUAUAGUUUCAAACUGGAUCAAAAUGGUUGCCGCACUUGUCAGUGCAAAACUAGAGAGGAGCUGUGCACUGGCCUCAUAUCAGGCUGUUCCUUGGACUGUUCCUUCGGUUUCCAGACUGAUGCCCACAACUGUGAGAUUUGCCAGUGCCGUCCACGGCCUAAGAAAUGCAAACCCAUAGUAUGUGACAAGUACUGUCCCUUUGGAUACUUGAAGAACAAGCAUGGCUGUGAAAUCUGUCGGUGUAAGAAAUGCCCAGAGCUGCCUUGUGGUAAAAUCUGUCCGAUGGGCUUCCAGCAGAACRGUCACGGGUGUCUUAUUUGCAAGUGUAGAGAGGCAACAGCUUCUCUUAUGCCUCCAGUUAAAACAGGCUCUUGCCUGUCAAUGGAUGGGCGCCGACAUGAAAACGAGGAGAGCUGGCACGACGGCUGCAGGGAAUGUUACUGUCACAACGGGCGGGAGAUGUGCGCCCUCAUCACCUGCCCUGUGCCCAAUUGUGGCAACCCCACCAUACAUCCCGGCCAGUGUUGCCCAUCGUGUCCAGAUGAAAUAAUUGUGCAGAAGCCAGAACUCACUAGUCCCUCUAUUUGUCAUGCUCCUGGUGGGGAAUACUUUGUUGAAGGCGAGACGUGGAAUAUUGAUUCUUGCACACAAUGUACCUGCCACAGCGGACGUGUCCUGUGUGAGACUGAAGUCUGUCCCCCGCUCCUUUGUCAAAACCCGACCCGCACACAGGAUUCCUGCUGCCCGCAGUGCCCAGAUGAGCCUGUCCAACCUUCUUCUUCAAGCAAUGAGAGCAUGCCCAGUUACUGCAAAAAUGAUGAAGGAGAUAUUUUUCUGACAGCUGAGUCCUGGAAGCCCAAUGUGUGCACCAGCUGCAUUUGCAUGGAUGGUGUGAUUAGAUGCUACUCUGAGUCUUGCCCACCAGUAUCCUGCGAGAGACCUGUUUUGAGAAAGGGACAAUGUUGUCCUUAUUGUAUUGAAGACACAGUGCCAAAGAAAGUAGUCUGCCACUUCAACGGGAAGACCUAYGCGGACGAGGAGCGCUGGGACAUCGACAGCUGCACACACUGCUACUGCCUGCAGGGCCAGACCCUCUGCUCCACUGUGAGCUGCCCACCCCUGCCCUGUGCUGAGCCCAUCAACGUGGAGGGAAGCUGCUGCCCCAUGUGUCCAGAGAUGUACGUACCAGAACCAACUAACAUCCCCAUUGAGAAGACAAAUCAUCGAGGAGACAUUGAAUUGGAAGUACCAAACUGGCCAACACCAAGCGAAAAUGACAUCAUCCACAUUCACAGAGACAUGAGUCACCUGCAAGGGGAGUUCCGAGGCGGCAGCGGGCCGCAUCCCAGUGACGACGCAUCCGUCAGCUCUGUCGCCUUGGUGACGAUUCCCAUCAUGAUCGCGCUCUUACUCAUCAUAGUCCUCCUGCUCGUCAAUCAGAAGAAGCAGUGGAUUCCCGUGUCCUGCUACAAGGCUCCCACAAAGCCUUCCUGCCUGAACAAUCAACUGGUGUAUGUGGACUGCAAGAAAGGAACCAUGGUCCAGGUGGACAGUUCUCAGAGGAUGCUAAGAAUCGCAGACCCAGAUUCAAGAUACAGUGGAUUUUACAGCAUGCAGAAACAGAACAACCUACAGGCAGAUAAUUUCUAUCAAACAGUUUGAAGAAUUGYACCCUUGCCACGGAUUUAAGAAAGAGCGAGAGAGAGAAAGAGAGAGACUUAAGUCUGCUAUUAAAAUAAAACUAGAAUUGUGCACUUGCUUAGUGGAUUGUAUUGGAUUUGUGACUACAUGUACAGCUCUCAGACCUUACUGGGAUGAGCUCUGACUCCUGCAAUGUGCCAGAAAAAGCAUUCCUACUUUUCCUUGAGAUAACUGACCAAGUGUUUUCUUAGAACCAAAGUUUUAAAACUUAUUAAGAUGUAUUUGCUUGUAACA